AUGGAAAGCAGCAAUGUUCUCCAUGUUGUGAUGUUCCCAUGGCUAGCCAUGGGUCAUCUGAUACCCUUUUUUAGGCUAUCUAAACUGUUAGCUGGAAAAGGGCAUAAAAUUUCGUUCAUUUCCACUCCAAGAAACCUCCAAAGACUCCCUAAAAUCCCCCAAGAAUUAGCUUCUCAGAUUGAGCUUGUUAGCAUUCCCCUGCCAGAAGUUGACAACUUACCAAAGCAGGGAGAGACUUCAACUGACAUACCCCAUGAACAAGAUCAGUUCUUGAAGAUAGCCUUUGACUUGCUUCAAUCACCAAUGGCCUCCUUUCUUGAAAACACAAGGCCAAAACCAGAUUGGAUUAUACAUGACUAUGCUUCCCACUGGCUACCCGAAAUUGCUGCUCAAAAUGGUGUCUCAGCUGCCUUCUUUAGUCUCUUCACUGCAGCAGCUUUGUCCUUUCUCGGACGUCCCUCUGCCUGGUUGAGUGGAGAGGAUGGUAGAUCAACGGCUGAGGACUUCACAGUUGUGCCCAAAUGGAUACCCUUUCCAUCUAACUGUGCUUAUCGCUUGCACGAGGUGCGGAAGAACAUCGAGGAUGCAUCUGGCAAUGAAUCUGGAGCUUCAGAUUUUAUCAGGUUUGCUGCUGCUAUUGAUAGAAGCGACCUGGUCAUAUUUAGGACAAGCGUUGAAUUUGAACCAGAAUGGUUCAAUCUUGUUCGUGAACUUUACAAGAAACCAGUUGUUUCCUUGGGUGUUUUACCUCCAUCCCUUGACGAUGAUGAUGAAUUGGAAACUGAUGAAAAGUGGCAAAAGAUUAAAAACUGGUUAGAUAAACAAACUGCAAGCAAAGUUGUUUAUGUGGCACUGGGGACUGAAGCAACAAUUAGCCAAAAAGAAGUCCAAGACUUGGCUAUUGGUUUAGAGCAAUCUGAAUUGCCAUUCUUUUGGGUACUACGAAAGCCACCCGGAUCAAAAAAAGAUGUGACAGAUAUGCUUCCUGAAGGGUUCAGAGAGAGAAUCAAUGCCAAUGGCCAAGGAGUGGUUUACACUGAAUGGGUUCCUCAGGUGAAGAUAUUAAGUCAUCCAGCAAUUGGAGGGUACCUAACUCACUGCGGCUGGAAUUCAGUGAUAGAGGCACUUGGUUUCGGCCGAGUUCUGAUACUAUUUCCGGUGAUGAAUGAUCAAGGGCUGAAUGCUAGGCUAUUGGAAGGCAAGAAAGUUGGAGUGGAGAUACCAAGAGCUGCAGAAGAUGGCUUGUUCACAAGCACUGCUGUAGCCGAGACAUUGAGAUAUGCAGUAGUGAGUGAGGAGGGAGAGCCAAUGAGGGCUAAUGCCAGGCAAAUGACAAGUUUGUUUGGCAAUGGGAAGAGGAAUCAAGAUUAUAUAGACACAUUUGUUCGAUGUUUAGAAGAGAGAAAAAUAUCUAAUUUCCUGGCCUGAACACCUACUUCCUGAAGUAUGAGAAUUGUGCUGGAUGAUCCUCGAGUGUUCUGUUGUAGCAUUUAAUGUCUGUUCAGUCAUAGUAU